AGGAACACGCCUCUUAAAGAAGAAUGGAAUGACAACGUCUCAAUGCCCGUCUGAAAGUAGACUGAAAAAAAACACUCCCCCGACUGGUCGUUUUCCCUUCACUUCCUUACUCCCUCUCUCUCUCCUUCCCUGUCCUUCUUUCGCUCCCACUCUCACUCGCUUAUUUCUAGAAAACAUGAAGGAAAAAGAAGAGAAGACUCUGGCGAGGACGAAAGUCAAGUGAAAGUUUCAAGAAGCCUUCGAAGGUCUGGAAAGAAGGGCAACUUUGGAGAGCGGAUGGACGGGAGGAAGGAAAAGAUCAAUUCAGCUCUCUAUGGCAUGAUAAACGGAUAAACAUAAACAGCGCAUGAAACCAUAAACUCCAAUCAACUGCGCAGCGCCAUCCGCCACUCGUCGGCCCUUGUGCCCUGAAUGUGUGACUUUGAACUGAGUGAUUUUGCAGGCUUUUCUUCCGCGCUGCUGCUUUUGGCCUGAACAGAAAGCACAAAGCGUUUAGCAGGUUCGAACUCUCCCCGGAAAAAAAUAUUACAUUCAAGGAGUGGGGUGCCGACCAGGGCAGGACGCCGAAGACAGAGGAGAGGCGUUGCCACCCGUCGCUAGUGCAGAAAUGGCUGGGGCGAAGCCGGGAGUUCACGCUCUGCAACUCAAACCGGUGUCCGUCCACGAAACACUGAAACGGGGAAGCAAAUUUAUCAAAUGGGAUGAGGAACCCAGCAGCGGCCAACCCUCGCUGGUCACCCUCAAGGUGGACCCGGAGGGGUUUUUCCUCUACUGGACCGGCGGGGCGAACCUGGAGGUGGAAAUCUUGGACAUCAGCCAUAUCAGGGACACCAGAACAGGGAAAUAUGCCAAGAUGCCAAAGAGCCCCACCGUGCGGGAGGUACUCGGCUUUGGCAAGAGCGAGGGCAACGUGGAGGCCAAGCUAGUGACGGUCGUCCACGGCAACGAUCUUGUCAAUGUCUCCUUCCUGAACUUCCAGGCCAUGCAGGAGGAUGUGGCCAAGGUUUGGACAGAAGAGUUGUUUAAACUUGCCACCAACAUACUCUCCCAGAACUCCUCGCGAAACACCUUUCUGUUCAAGGCAUACACUAAGUUAAAGCUACAGGUGUCCACAGAUGGGAGAAUCCCAGUGAAGAACUUUUGGAAGAUGUUCUCUGACAAGAAGCGUGUGGAGAGUGCGCUGGAACAGUGCGGCCUCAUUGCCAAUAAGUCUCAAGUGGAGGGGAUCAAGCCGGAUGACUUCACCGUGGACAUGUUCCUGAAUUUCCUGAACUUCCUCUGCCUGAGGCCUGAGAUCGAACGCAUCUUUGUGGAGACAGGUUCCAAGGGAAAGCCCUUCCUGUCUCUGGACCAGAUGCUGGACUUCAUGAACCGUAAGCAGCGCGACUCGCGUCUCAACGAGGUGCUCUACCCGCCACUCAAGCGCGAGCAGGUGCGGCAGAUCAUGGAGAAGUACGAGCCCAACUACGGCCAGCUGGAGAGAGAUCAGAUCUCUCUGAUGGGCUUCAGUCGCUACCUGGGGGGAGAGGAGAGCUCUGUGGUUCCUCCUGAGAGGCUGGACAUCAUUGACGACAUGCACCAGCCACUGUCCCACUACUUCUGCAACUCCUCGCACAACACCUACCUCACAGUGGGCCAGCUGACGGGGCUGUCCUCAGUGGAGAUGUACAGACAGGUGUUGCUGACAGGUUGCCGCUGCGUGGAGCUGGACUGCUGGAAGGGCCGAGUCCCUGAUGAGGAGCCCUACAUCACCCACGGCUUCACCAUGACCACCGAGAUCCCCUUCAAGGAAGUGAUUGAGGCCAUCGCAGAGAGCGCGUUCAAGACCUCGCCGUAUCCCCUGAUCCUCUCCUUUGAAAACCACGUGGACUCCGCGAAGCAGCAAGCCAAGAUGGCAGAGUAUUGUCGCACCAUCUUUGGCGAUGCGCUCCUCAUUGACCCGUUGGAGAAAUACCCGCUGGACCCAGGUCAGCAGCUGCCCUCGCCCGUGGAGCUGAUGGGGAAGAUCCUGAUCAAGAACAAGAAGAAGCACCACCACCGCACAACCAACGGGGGCAGCGUGAGGCGCAGGAACACUAUGAGUGGGGACAUCUCUGACCAGGCCUCAACUGUGAAUGACUGUCCUUUGUCUGAUGGCGAAAGCAACCACAUUCUGUCCAAUGGGGAAGAGAAGCUCGCAGAGAGGAUGGUCAAAGACAGCGAACCCCGCAAAUCUAUUGAUGUGGAGAGUGAGGAAGAUGAGGAGGAAGAGGUGGUGGCAGAUCUCAAGAAGCCAAACUCAGAUGAAGGCACGGCCAGCAGUGAGGUGAUGGCCACGGAGGAGAUGUCCACUCUCGUCAACUACAUCGAGCCAGUCAAGUUCAAGACCUUUGAAGUAGCAACCAAGAGAAAUAAGUACUAUGAGAUGUCCUCUUUUGUGGAGACCAAAGGCAUGGACACGCUGAAGAGCUCUCCGAUGGAAUUUGUAGAAUACAAUAAGAAGCAGCUGAGUCGAAUCUACCCCAAGGGCACGCGGGUGGACUCCAGUAACUACAUGCCCCACCUCUUCUGGAACGUCGGCUGCCAGAUGGUGGCGCUCAACUUCCAGACCCUCGACCUGCCCAUGCAGCUGAACAUGGGUGUGUUUGAGUACAAUGGGGGCUGUGGCUACUUGUUGAAGCCAGAGUUCAUGCGUCGCACAGACAAACACUUCGACCCCUUCACUGAAAACAUCGUGGAUGGCAUCGUGGCCAACACCGUCAAAAUCACGAUCAUCUCGGGCCAGUUCCUGAGCGAGAGGAAGGUGGGCGUGUACGUGGAGGUGGACAUGUUUGGCCUGCCCUCCGACACGAAGAGGAAGUACCGCACUCGCACCUCCAACAACAACUCACUGGACCCCGUGUGGCCUGAUGAGAACUUUGUCUUCAAUAAGGUGAUCCUGCCCAAUCUAGCCUCGCUGCGAGUAGCGGUGUUUGAGGACAGUGGGAAGUUCAUUGGGCACCGCAUCCUGCCCGUGCUGGCGCUGCGCCCAGGCUACCACUACAUCGUCCUGAAGAAUGAGCUGAAUCAGCCUCUCCUGCUUCCCUCUCUGCUGGUGUACAUUGAGGCUCAGGACUACAUUCCCAAUGAGCACCAAGAGUAUGCUGAAGCCCUGACUAACCCCAUCAAGCACGUUUCUCUUGGCCUGGACCCAGAAGAUGAGCACGUUUCAGAGGAAGAGGAGCGGGAGGCAUUUGACGAUCGACCUGAAGACCCUAACCCCUUUCCCUCACCUCCACUCCCCCCUGAGCUCCAAGACGUCCCCAUCCCCGGAGCAGUCGUUGCCCCGAAAGAGUCAUCACAGUCCCUCAUCGACACUGUACUAGCAGUAAUUAAGGCCCAGUCUAUAGAUGAAUUGAAACAACAGAAGGCUUAUGUGAAGUUGCUGAAGAAACAGUGCAAGGAGCUUAAGGAGUUGCGCAGGAAACACAUGAGGAAGGUGUGGUCCGUGAGUAAGGAACAGAGGAGUCGGUGUCACAAGGUGACCUCGGACAUUCAGAGGCGUCGCAGUCAAGCUGAAAAGAAGCUGAGAAUGAGCAUAAAAAAACAUGAGCCUGAGGACCCGGUGCGUACGGAGCUGUGUGCUCUGGACGUGGAGCACCAGAAGGCCACGGUGCAGCUGAGAGAGUGGCAGAUGCAGGAGCUGCUCAUGCUCCGACAGGGCCAGCACCAACUGGAGAGAGAGAAGAAAUACACACACCUCAAAGAGUCUUAUCAGAAACUAAAAAAAAUUGCUAGUGAUUGCCAAGUUACACAGCUGAAGAAACUCAAAGACAUCUGUGAAAAAGAGAAGCGGGAGCUUCAGAAGAUCCUGGACAGGAAGAGACAGAACAGCAUCAUAGAAGCCAAGAAGGGAGACAGAGAGAGGGCCGAGUCGGAGUCCAAUGAGAUCAAUAGGAAACACAUCCAGGAGUCUGUCCACCUGAUCCGCCGACUGGAGGAGCAGCAGGUGAAGCGUCAGGACAAACUGAAGCUGGCUCAGGUGGAGGUCUUGAAGAGCAUCGAGGCCGAUCAACCAGUGCACCAGGCCAGGCUGGAGCGGGACCUGGAGGCCGAGCUGCAGCGGCUGCCCGACGAGAUCUGCCAGUACCUGCAGGGGGAGCUAGAGAGCAAGGGCCUGUGCAGCGACGCCCUCUUCAGCCCGCUGGCCAAUCACAGCAGUCCGAGCUCCAACUGCAGCACGCCCCCUUACCACUCGCCCAGUCACAGCGCGGGGCGCAGCCUGGACAAUAGCACCAUCUCUCUAGCUGACUCCUCCCUCUCCAACACGCCAGUCAUGUCGGAGGCGGAGCUUACACCUGUAUAAAUAGGCAUUAGUCACAUCCUUUUUUUUAAUUUUUGGGGGAAAAAAUCUAUUGGAUUUUAAACAACCUUCUCAUUGAUUUAUUCUCACUGGAUCAUGAUAUACUAAUAGUAUUACUAAAGGUGGUGUAAUUAUUACUGUUCUUUUUUUAAGUUAGAUUAUUUUAAAUGGUUGAUUUGUUCUCUCUUUGUUUCACUGCAUCUUGCCCUGCUUCGCUCCAUUGGCUUGAGCGUUCUCCUACCAAAGCUUUUUUUUAUUAUUAUCCAGGCCCUGAAAACAGUGAUGAAUCCACCUGUCAACAUUAGCACCUGUUAGCUUUAUCGUCUGUCCAUGUCAGCAUUCCAGGUGCUUCUUUUCUUUCUCUCCUGUGGAUACAUGGAGCGGGGCGAGCAAUGCGCGAGAUUUAUUUCUUAUAAUUUAUUUUUUAUAUCAUGUUUUGUGAAUGGAGGCGCUUUGACUGUACUGCUUGUGAGAGUCCACCAGGUGGCGGUGUCGUCGCAGUCUCCUGAGCUCCUCGCUUGGCAGUUCAGAGGAGCGUUUGAGUUAGCGUGACGCUAGCGCGGUGAGGUGCUUGUUUACAUAGAGUUCAGUGAAGCUACGCUACCAACUCGAGACCCGUUCAGAAGCCUGGACAUUGUCUUUUUGUGCCAGUGAGCGCAAAGCCACCAGGUCACUGCUUGCAUGGCCUUGUAGUUUUAACUGGAUGGUGACAUUUUAAAGUGAACCCCCAAAUGCGAACAGAUGUGUACAGACACAUACACACACUCAUGUGGGCAUACAUGUACGUAUACAUGCACACGUAUGCAUACUAUACAAACUCACAUACACACACCAAGACAAGGCAGUUGUGAGUAUCUAUUGCAAGACUGCCACUGGACAGGAUUACAGUGUUUGAGAUCCCUCCCUCCAGCAGUGAAAUACACACACACACACACACACACACACACACACACACACACACACACACACACACACACACACACACACACACACACACACAUUUUUCAGUCCCCUCUCUGUUUUAUGGUUUUCUGUUAACCUUUUCAAUGAUUUCAUCCACCUCACUCUCUUUUGGUGUUCUUUCUCUGCUACACCCUCCUCUCCCCAUCCCCCUCUAUCCUUCCCUCUCCACCUCCAUAUGUGAGUGGGCUUGUAUUGUAAUCCAAUCUAAUCCUGAGGCUGUAAUUCCAUGUGCAAUCGGUGUGUGUGUGUGUGUGUGUGUGUGUGUGUGUGUUGUGAGCCCAGAAGCUUUCACACACUCCACUGUCCAGAAAACUGUCUCGCCCUUUUUAUUGUUCACCCCUUAACUUGGGGGUUAAGCCACAGGGGCAAUGCAGUGUGUGUGUCUGUGUGUGUGUGUGUGUGUGUGUGUGUGUGUGUGUUGCAUGCAAGCUUGGGUUUGUGUGUGUGUGAGUGAGUGUAGUUUGGGCCUGUAAUCUUUGUUCUCUGGUGGACAGUUUGCUUGUGAUCUAUCCAGUGCCUUAAAGUGAGAGCAGGACAGAAGUGUAGUGUCCUGGAGGGAGAGGCUCAACUCUUAACCCCGUUGCGUAAUAUACCCUCCUCUUGAGGAAUCGGACUUGGGCUUUUAAAACAGAGAUUUAUAUUCCAUUUUAUCCAUCCAUCCGUCUAAGGAUUGUUUUCAGUCUUUUAAUGACUGCCGAUAAGAGUAGUGUGUUUGGGCUUUUAUCUUUCUCUCUGUCUCUCUUUUUAACACGGCUGCCUCCUCUUGUCCUUGGAGCCAAAAUUAAAAACACACACAGACACGCAGUGUCUGCAGAGACACACAUUCGCGUGCACACACACACACACACACACACACACACUGCCAGCUGGGGACUCUCUCCAUGCCCCUGACUCACAGAGGGCAGCUAGUUUCUUUUCUCAGUUGGGGCCAGUCACACACACACACGCAAACACUCGCUGGCACACACACACACACACACACACACACAUUAACUCUCACACACACAGGACCAAUCUGGGAAACAACAGCAAUUAUAAGUGGAGAUAAAGUAGAUGGUACAGCGAUAGAGAGGCGCUUUAGUCACACUGCAUCAGGCCUAAUUGGCCAUCAUCACCCAAGUGCUCGCUGCUACCACAGCGCUAGGGUGGGUGACUCAUGCCUGUGCCCAGAACAGAAUACAGCGCUACACCCCCCCC